GGCUCUGCAGAGCAGAAGCAGCGAGGACGCCUCACAAUACCCCAGGGAGUCGCGACCAAAGCCGUCCAGGUCCCUGCAUACCGAGCCGGGCUUCAAGCUCAGCACCAUGGACAGCGGCAGCAAGCUGACUCAGGGGCGCUGGGACGCUGCGGGUUUCUGGCAAGUCUGGCACCGCUUGGACACAGAGGAAAAAGGUUACAUAGAAGAGAAGGAACUUGAUGCUUUCUUUCACCACAUGCUGAAGAAAUUGGGUACUGAUGGUGCGCUCCUGGAAGAAAGUGUGCAGCAGGCGAAGCAGCAGUUUAUGGGCGCGCGAGACGGCUGUCAGGAUGGCCGCGUGCAGAUGAAAGAGCUUGCCAGAAUGUUCUUGUCCGAGGAUGAAAACUUCCUUCUGCUCUUUCGUUGGGAAACUCCCUUGGACAGCAGCGUGGAGUUUAUGCAGAUUUGGCGCAAGUAUGAUGCUGACAGCAGUGGCUUCAUAUCAGCGGCAGAACUUUGCAACUUCCUCCGGGACCUCUUCCGCCACCACAGAAAGGCCAUUUCCGAGGCUAAGCUGGCAGAAUACACAGGCACCAUGAUGAAGAUCUUUGACAAAAAUAAAGAUGGUCGGUUGGAUCUUAAUGACUUGGCAAGGAUUCUGGCUCUUCAGGAAAACUUCCUUCUGCAAUUUAAAAUGGAUGCUUGUUCUACUGAAGAAAGGAGGAGAGACUUUGAGAAAAUCUUUGCGCACUAUGAUGUCAGCAAGACGGGAGCCCUCGAAGGCCCAGAAGUGGACGGGUUUGUCAAAGACAUGAUGGAGCUUGUCCAGCCCAGCAUCAGCGGGGUGGACCUGGAUAAGUUCCGCGAGAUUCUCUUGCGUCAUUGCGAUGUGAACAAGGAUGGAAAAAUCCAGAAAUCCGAGUUGGCUUUGUGUCUCGGGCUGAAAAUCAACCCCUAAUCCCCAGACGGCUUUGCCUUCUGCUCCGGUUGUGUUUCUGUUUCAGUUGCAUCUGCACUUACUGCUGGGGGCACAGUAGUCACAUUUCCUCAUAGCUGGUGUGGUUUUCUUUGGGCAAGGGUUGGUUCCCAGGGGUUUCCUCCCAGUGACUGGUGUAGUCCUGGCUCUCUGAAAGCCCUCUCCCUCACCCCCACUCAGCCUUGGUGCUGUCCCUCCCCUCACCCCCGCUCCCACCCCCACCCAAAGACUCAGCCAUUGUGUUCACUCUGCCUUGCUUCUCCUUCCUGGCCACCAGGGCGGUGGGGACAGCCCAGUCUACCCAUCUGUGCAUCUCCUGGUGGACCUUUUGCUGUGUCUGAAUAGUGUGGGGCACCUGUGUCAGUCCUGUACCUUCUGCAAAUAGAACUGUAAUGUGCAAAUAAA